AUGUUCAGAGACAGAACCAAUUUGUACUUAUCGUACAGAAGGACAAUUCCCAGGCGGCAGCAAAAUGCAGAUUCUCGUUUUGUGGCCCUAGCAGAGGAAGAGGAGGGCCUCAUGGGAUCCAGAAGGGUGUCAUCAAAUCAACUGAGGAAACCACAAUACAAGGAUUCAGCUCCGGAAGAGAUCGAGAUGAAGCCAAUAGCGCCUUCGAUCUUUGAUAUUUCCAAUGGAUUGGACGAGAACUUGGCCACAAUCAAGACCAAGACUAACGAAUUGAGCUCGCUCUACAAGAAGCUCCUAAUAACCAGAGACAACGAGAAACAACGCUUAGAGACAAGAAUCGAGGACCUCAAUUACGACACAACCAAGCUAUUCGAGAACUGUUACGUGCUUAUAAAGAAAUUUGAGUUUCUACAAAAGAAUUUCCAGCGCCUUAAGCUUGACUACACUCAGGACGAGCUUUCCAUCAUUGAAAACUACAAAAAGACAUACGCCUUGAAGAUCCAAGACAGCUCACUCAUUUACAGAAACUUGCAAAAUAACUACAUCAAAUUUUUGAAGGACGAUGAUGAUGCCGAGACCGACAGGCUCCUAUCGUCAGGAAACUCCUCCACGGUCGCACUUGACGAAGAAGACUCCAAGCAUAUCGAAGACUACUCCAAGAUGGUACUCCAGCAAGCACAAACUCAAAUUCAAAACAACCCCAAUUCCCAAAUAUUAGCGCAGCGCGAGCGUGAGAUUUCCAAAUUAGCUAUGGGAAUUCUCGAAAUCUCCACCAUCUUCAAGGAAAUGGAAACCCUCAUAGUGGAUCAAGGCAGUAUGUUGGACCGUAUUGAUUACAAUAUAUCAAGAACUGCCGAAGAUCUCAAAUCGUCCGAUAAAGAGUUGCUUAAGGCGCAGGUUUACCAAAAGAGGACCACCAAAUGCAAGAUCAUUUUUCUUUUGAGUUUGAUUGUUUUGGUCUUGUUCAUAGUGAUUGUGGUGAAGCCACACGGACUGACGAAGGUUGUCGAAAAGCCAGGAGGGGGCAAUUCAGGAUCCGACAAACCACCAGAGAGGCCGCUGCCAAAUGUAAAGCCUGAAGGCCAAUUGAGAGAUUGA